AUGGCUACUCGCAAGCAUGGGCUGUACCGCCUUAGGAAUGAUGAUGAGUGGGUUGCUGUGCCGAUUGAUAGCUCGAAUGUUAUGAUUGAAGAGAUCAAGAUGGAUACGGAUCGGUUGGAUUUCCUCUUGAAUAUUGCGCAUCUGAGGAGGGUUGAGUGGGAUAGUGCACUUGAGAGGGGGGAGGUUACCUAG